AUGCAUCAAUUGGGAACUGAAGAACAAACUGCUCUCCUUUUAUCGGCAGCAGCUGAUGAUGAUGAUGAAGAUAAUGAUAAUCAUAACGUAACAAAUGCUCCAUUAAAUUCUGGAAAUGAUGGUUUUCCUGUUGUUGUUAAGCGUCCAAAAACAUAUCAACGUCAUCCUAUUUCUAAUGCUCAUCCUAUAUUAUGCUUUGCUUGUGUCUUGGGUGCUUUCAUCUUAGGAUGUCUUACUGGAGUUAUUAUUUUGCUUGAUCGAAUAUCGCAUGCAUCUGGACAUGAACAAACAUCAUUGCCUUCAAAUUUUGUUGAAUCAGCAACAAAUAUUGAUUUAUCAAUACGAGCAAAAUUAUUUCAAUCAAUAAAACAAACAAAUUUUAUGGAUCUUACUCGUUCAAUUGAAUCUGAAAAUGAUGCUGCUAAUAAAUUAUAUGAACAAUGGAAAUCAUAUUCUCCAUCAUUAACUCAUAUAAAUAAAUUAACCUAUGAUAUCAAUUUAUCAAAAUUUGCUCCAUCAACUCAAUGGAGUGGUAUUCAAUUAUUUGAUGAUAAAAAUGACAAAGAACUUUUAAAAGUUGAUCUUUUGCCAACGGAAAAUUUUCUUUUCUUUUCAUCACUUGUUAAAUCUGGUAUAAUUAAUGGAAAGUCAAUUUAUUAUGUUAAUUACGGUCGACAAGAAGAUUUUGCUUAUUUAUUUAAAAAUCGUAUUCAUUUUAAAGAUCCUGAAAAAUCAAUUGUAUUUAUGAGACGUAAACCAACACUUAUUUCUCAAACUGAACAAAUUCAUCAAGCAAUUUAUUACGGUUUUGGUGCUUUAGUUUUAUUUGAUGAUAAUGAAAAUGCACAAAUUACAACAACAAAUGAUCGACAUACAUUUUUUCGAGGUUGGGCUAGAUAUUUAUCUGAAGAAGAACGUCAAAAGUUUAUUGAUGGUACUCUUAAUGAUGACAAUCAUUUUAUUUCUCUUUUAAUAAUUUCAUAUGAUGAUGUUCAAAAAAUAUUUCAAUUACUUCAAUCAAAUUCAAAUCCAUGGUUAAUGUGUCCGACUCAAUGGCAUGAUAAAGUGACUGCACUAAGAAUAGGUGGAGAGCUUUCAACUAUGAGAAUUCGAGUAGUUGUGAAUAUAGAACCUAUGAAAAUAGAAUUGCCUGUUGUUAUGAGUUCAAUUCGUGGCACAAUUGAUACUGAUCGUUUUAUUAUGAUUGGUUAUCAAUUAGGUACAAUACAACAAAAUAGAAUCAUGAAUGAAAUUAUAGAAGCCUAUACGAAUCAAAUUAAGAAUGGUUGGAAUCCAAGACGAUCAAUUCUAUUUUGUGCUUGGUCUGGUUUAGAUUAUGAUCAUUAUACAACUCGUCGUUGGCUUUCGGAUAAUUAUCGUUUUAUUGAUAAAAACUUAAUAGCAUAUCUUGAUCUUGGAAAUGGUGUUCUUGCAAAUUCUACUCUUAAUUUACAUGGUUCACCAUUACUUGAACAAGUUGCUAGUCGUGCCGCUAAUUUCGUACCAAGUCCAAUUGAACAUAAUCAUACAUGUCAUAAUCAAUUAGUAACAACAACCGUUUCAACUGAAGAAAAUCAUCAUCAUGGCCAUGAUCGAAAACGACGUGCCAGUGAUGGACAUGAACAACAUGUAGAAAAAAAUCAACAAGAACAAACGGAAUGUGAACCACAAAAAUUAUUUGAUGAAUGGGUUACAGCAAGUAAAAAUCAAAUUGGAUUAAAUAAUAUUUUAGGUAUUGUUCAAACAAUUGACAUCGAUUCAUCAGCUGCUUUAUUUCAACUACAAUAUGGAAUUCCAUCAAUAUUAAUUGAAAUGACUAAUCAACAGGCAUUAACAAAUGAUACAUUUUAUGUUUGUUAUUCAUCCCCUGCUUUUGAACGAGAAAUUCAACCAGAAGUUUAUGUUGCUUACACACAAUUCGUUACUGAAAUAAUUCGUCAAUUAAUUGAUGAACCAUUAAUUUCAUUUAAUUUAGCUUAUUAUGCCAAUCAAAUAGACAAACAAGUUAUUCAAUAUAUUGAGCAUUACAAUAGAGGAUAUGGUUCAGUAGGUUCACAUAUUGGUGAUCCUAGUGAUUUUACAAUAACAUUAAAUGAUUUAACAAAAUCUAUUCGAAAAUUUCAAUUAUAUAUUGAUCAACUACCUAAAAACGAUUAUUUUCGUUUUCAAUCAAUAAAUGAACAAUUAAUUGAAUUUGAACGUUUAUUUCUCAGUAAUGAUCAUCUACCUGGAAUGAAUACAAUCGAUAAAAUAUACAAACAUAUAUUAAUUGGUCCAGCAUUUGGUCUUACAAAUACUGCUGUACCAUUUCCAUUAUUAUCAAAUCUUCUCUUUGGUAUUCCAGAAGAUCCAUCAACAGAAAUAUGUGAAGCAUCAAAAUUAUUUUGGUUAAAAUUAAAAGAACAUAUUCAUGUAAUAAAUCGAACAUUAAUUGGAUUUGAUGGACUUAUGGAAAAAUUCUAA